UUAUAUGACUGAAUGGUGAUACUGGUUUCAAAGGCACCGAUCGUUUGGAGAUGAAACACCUUUGCUACCAAAUCCUUUCUCUUUUAUCUCUGUCUGUUUUGUUUGGUGGCUGGUUUAACAGCUUCACAGUUGCCAAACAAGAUAUCAGGCGUGUAAAGUUUUUGGAACAAAUCGGUGGACAUGAAUUGGUGGGUCAUGUUAUCGCAAAUAUUACGCUUUUUGUGGGAAGUCUUAUACUCUCCCACUGCAGAAAUCGAUGUGUCAUGGAGGAUAGAUGCAAGUCGAUAAACGUACUGCCAGCGGUAAAAGACACAGUUUUAUGCCAGCUUAGUAAUUCGGACCACAUACAACACCCGAAGGAUCUGAGGAAGGUGGCAGGCUCUGUGUAUACGGGAACCGAAAACAAGUGCUGGAUGAACAUUUGCCACAAUUAUGCAACAUGCCUGAGUGGAUUGACAGAUCAGGGUUACCUUUGUUUGUGUCAAGCGGGAUACGCGGGAAAACACUGCGAAAAAGGAGUUUUUAAGGCCAUUUUCACAAAUCUUGACACCAAGGGAAGAUAUGGCCCAACAACGCUUGGAAGUCACUAUAAAGGGCAGGAUCAUGACGGACAAGUUACAUUGUCAGGCGGUAUUCAAUUGUGGAGUGUGCCUUAUACUGGUGACUACAGCAUCGAAGCAAUAGGAGCAGCAGGAGGGUACGAUAUUGCCUCUAACAGCUCUACGUUUCGAGGAAGAGGCGCAAGAAUGACAGGAAUAUUCCGCUUGAACAAAGCAGAAGUUAUUCGAAUACUUGUUGGUCAGGAAGGGAUGAGCAAUAACGUUUACCUUUCGUCUGGAGGUGGUGGAGGUACAUUUGUGGUGAAAGGAUCCGACACACCUUUGAUAAUAGCUGGUGGCGGCGGAGGAGUGUACAGACCAGAAUUGAGAUUUGAAGGAUGUGAUGCCAGCCAAAACAUGACAGGAAACACUGGACUCCUAUCAUGGCCAGGUGGGAAGAAUGGACAUGGCGCAAAGACAGCUGAUAAUGGUACUUCAGGUGGCGGCGGUGGCGGAUUCUACUCUAGUGGAAGAAGUGGAACGAAUUUUAACGGAAGCAUUGGGGAUGGGGGAGAAGGUGGCAUGGGAUUUCUUCAGGGAGGGGUGGGUGGAAGAUCUAAGAAACAAAAUAUUGUGGGUGGGUUUGGAGGUGGUGGUGGAGCUUAUGGGAGAGGAGGAUCGGGUGGGGGAGGGGGAGGAGGAGGAGGAGGGUACUCUGGGGGAGGCAGUGGAGGCGAUGAAAGAAAUUCCUGUGGGGGUGGAGGUGGAUCCUACAAUUCUGGAAAGAGUCAGCAGAAUGAAUGCUGUUACAAUGAAUUUGGGCAUGGUAAGGUGACCAUCAUUCUGCUGUAGAACAAAGAUAUCACGUCUUUCACCAAACACAUUAUCGAGUGAAUUAGAAGAAAUGAGAGCACAAUCUGAAAAAAUAUCAGACAGAAAAUUUCAAGAAAGAAUUACU